AUGCCAUACUAUGCGGUAGCUAAAGGAAGAAAUUCUGGUGUUUAUUCAAACUGGAAUGAUUGCAAGAGUCAAGUGAAUGGGUAUAGUGGUGCUUCGUUCAAGAAGUUUGAUACUGCUGCUGAAGCUAGCGCAUUUGCGUCUGGUGGUGGUUCAAGUGGCAGUGGUGCUGGUCGUGGUGCUGGUCGUGGUGCUGGUCGUGGUGCUGGGUCAUCGUCGUCAUCGGCAGCGUCUUCUUCUUACGGAGGUGGCUAUGGGGGAAGCUAUGGAAUCAGCUCAAGCUCAAAAGUUACCAAGCCAUCCACCAGCAGCCCCUCCUCGUCCUCCUUCUCCUCAUCCAAAUCUCAACCCAAAACAUACAAAAUUUACGUUGAUGGAGCAUCAAGAGGCAAUGGUCAAUCCAAAUCCGCACCUUCAGGCUAUGGUGUCUACCACGGACCUGGAAACUCGCGCAAUGCAGCAGUUGGGUUACACGAAGUUGACGAUGUCAGCAAACACGCGCCAACCAAUCAACGUGCAGAGUUGCACGCGAUCAAACACGCAUUGACUGACAUAAAGUCCGAUUUGAAGAGUGGCAAAUCGUCAUCAACCAAGUACGAGAUCCAUAGUGAUUCGAAAUAUGCUAUUCAAUCAGUCAAUGAGUGGAGUGACAAGUGGCUGAAGAAUGGGUGGAAGACAUCGACUGGGCAGCCGGUUGCUAAUUCGGACUUGAUUAGAGAUGCGGUCCAGUUGAAGAAUGAGAUCAAUGAUUUGCAUCGUGAGCGGAAUUGGCAACCUUUGGAGUUUCAUCAUGUUAAGGGCCAUUCUGGAGAUGUGGGUAAUGACGCUGCUGAUCGGUUGGCCAAUCAAGGAGCUGAUAAGAUGGCAAGAUAG